AUGCAGAAAUAUUUUUUAUCACUCUUUUCUUUGAGUACUCUUGAUGGGGAGGAUAAAUUUAUGGAAGGAGUUAAACCUUAUAUUGAUUAUAGGAAAGAUACUCUGUCUAUAGAAGAAUUAAAGUUUAGCUCGAGAUGGAGAUCUUGUGAAUUUUAUAUAUAUUAUUGUAUUAUCUUUUUUGCUGCAAUUCUCUCUUUAAAGACGACAUAUGAUAUUUCAAAUUCAUCUCAUCAUAAUUAUAGUCGAUUUUCUAAAUAUUUGCAACGAGGUUGGAUUGGUGGACGUAAAAUGGACAAUACAGAUAUACAAUAUGCUACAUUUCGAAAUAAUAUUCCUAGUUUAGUUUUUGCUUCAGUUAUUCACCUUUCUUUAGGCUUUUUUUUUGAUUAUUUUGUUAAAUAUUUUAAAGUUUUAAAAGACAAUAUUCGGAGACGUACUUUAUAUAAUAAUAUUUUUUCUUUUAUUUUUCUUAUUAUUUUGCAUGGCACAAGCAUUAUUAAAAUUUACAUUAUAGCAUGUUUUAGUUACAGUAUUUCUUAUAUUUUUCUAAAUAGUAGGCUGAAUCCUAUAUUGACUUGGUUUUUUAAUAUUUUUAUUCUUUUUUUGAAUGAUAUAUAUAAAGGAUAUUCGUUUGGUUCUAUUUAUUAUAAAUUGUCUUUUUUUGAUCGUUAUAGUGGUUUGGUUCCUCGAUGGCAAAUACAUUUUAACUUUACUAUUCUCAGAUUAAUAUCUUAUAAUUUAGAUCGUUAUUGGUCACGAAAGGUUGAAUUUUUUCAAGUAAUUAGUUUGCCUGAUUCUCAGUUAACGGAAAAGGAUCGUAUUGAUAUCCCAUGUCCAGAUGCUGAUUAUUGCUUUCGGAACUUUUUUGCGUAUAUAUUCUACGCGCCUUUGUAUUUUUCUGGGCCAAUUGUGUCUUUUAAUAAUUUUAUUUCUCAGCUACGAUAUCCAUCAAAAAAUAUUUCCAGUUCAUGGUUAAAGAAAUAUUUUUUAAGAUUGUUGUUUUGUUUUUUUUUAAUGGAAAUAAUGCUUCAUUUUUUUUAUGUAGUUGCUAUAUCUAAAACAAAAGCCUGGGAAGGAGAUUCUCCAUUUCAAAUAAGUAUGAUUGGAUUUUUUAAUUUGCAAAUGAUUUGGUUUAAGUUAUUGAUCAUUUGGAGAUUUUUUCGUCUUUGGGCUCUUUGUGAUAAAAUUGAUUCGCCUGAAAAUAUGAUUAGGUGUAUAAAUAAUAAUUAUUCGUUUUUGGGUUUUUGGAGAGCUUGGCACCGAAGUUUCAAUCGUUGGAUAGUAAGAUAUAUAUAUCUUCCUUUGGGCGGUUCUAAGUUAUUAAUAAUAAAUAUUUUUGUUAUUUUUACUUUUGUGGCUUUUUGGCACGAUAUUUCUUUAAAAUUAUUUGCAUGGGGCUGGCUAAUUACACUACUUAUUCUUCCUGAGAUUAUAUUUGGCUAUAUCUUUCAAUCAAAAAAUUGGGAUAAUUGGUCGCUUUAUCGGCAUUUAUGUGCUAUAGGUGCUGUAGUUAAUAUAAUUAUGAUGAUGAUUGCUAAUCUUGUUGGAUUUUGUGUUGGUAUUCAAGGUACAAAAGAAAUGAUUAGUCGUAUUUGUACUAGUUAUAAAAAUUUCUUUUUUGUUUUGUCUGUUUUUUGCACUCUUUUUGCUGCUGUUCAAAUUAUGUUUGAGAUAAGAAAUUAUGAAAAGAGAAAUGAAUUGUAA